AUGGACGAUAUCAGUACUUACAUUUCGGUCGACGGAUAUAUACUUGAGCGAAGGGAGAAUGAAACAUACCGAAUUGCAUUCUGGGAAGUGGCCAGGCGACGUAUGUCCAAGGUACAACAAAGCAGAUUUCAGAACUACGAUUUCAUCGAGAUAGACAAGUACAAAGAUCACGAAACUGAUCUUUUUCCCUGUACCUCGGGAACCCUGUUUGAACUGGUGGAAAACGAGGUUCAGUUCUUUUACAAAGAUCCUGAUACUAAAGUCAUGAAAGUAGUAAACAAGAGAACAAGAUCACAGCUCUCUCGUACCGCAGAAUCUAAGAAUGUCAUACCUGUGGUCUUCAGAGGCAACAAAAAGAAGUAUCUUUACUUGGAAUACGACGAAACUGAAGUUAGUCGUCAACUCGGCGAAGACAGGUGGUUUCUGGACUUUGAGGAGGUAAAUGAAGAGCUCAUGCUUGCGACAGAGCGGUGUAACAAUACAGUCUACAAGCAGUUGGGUGCAGACCUUCUCGUGUUUUCUGAGAGAGAUCUACAGUCAUUAAGACGAUUUCAUGCAUUUCGUGGAGAGUACAACGCCAAAUCCAAGCGUGUGUGCCAAGCUAUAUACAAGAGGUCAAGGGAGAGAAAUAUGCUUCGUUACAGAGCAACACGAACAUUCAGAAGACCCCAAGUAGGCGAGUCCCUCCUCAAGACCUUACAUGAAAGAAGCAUCAACGAAUAUGCUCUGAAUUUUUCACCUUUUCUCUACAUGCUUCUGAACAUUCGGGAGUUUCCCCUGUUGAUGGAAUGUUUUGGUGAAGAAGACGAUGUUUAUGAUGAGGUUGAAUUGCAAGAUGACCUUUCUGAUGAAAUAACAGUAGACGGAAUCUCUCGUAUAUUCAUCAGGAUGCUACAGGAUGAGGAUGAACUGGGAACUAUUUUGGAAAUCAUGGUUCGGCUGACUGCUUUUGACCUUCGAGCGGAGCGCGGUACAAGUGAAGAUGCGGAUGACAAUGAAGAAGACGAGCUAUCGGAAGAGGCCCAUGCCGUGGAGAGUCGUGAUAGUACCCACUCUCACCCUGUGUUGCAAGUUGCGGGGAGAGUCGGGAGAAUAUAUUCUUAAACUAUGAUAUAAGAGCUCGAGGCCCAGACGGGGUGUUUGUAUCCGGUAAGCCCUUUAAUAAAAUACCUUGAAGACUUCAGAGCCAGGCGACAUCUUUUACAUGCCAAGUCCCCAAAAUGUGGGAGCUAUGAUCCUAGACGACCGUACCAUCAACUUAGCCGAGACAAAAAUAAAGAAUAGCCGGUCUCUGUUGAACUUGGUACCAGAAUAUGCCAAAAGAAAACUACUUCCAUUGAAACGCCCAACCUGCAUUCUUUCUGCGGAAGCUAUCAAGGGAAAGGUGAUCAACACCAUCGACAAAAUGACCGAACUGCUAAUGUGGAUGGUUUACUUUUCAAGUGGGUACUCGUACCGGUUUCCCGAACUGCAGUUACUUUCAUAUGCAGGACCAACGCGUAACUUGUUUGUGGAUGAGAAGACGAGAUGUAUUGAGAUAUUUACGACGUAUAACAAGUCGGGAGCACUGAUAGAAGUACGUCACAGUAUCUGUUUUCUUUUUGACAAGGUAGGACUGGGGCUGAUAAUGGUACAACAGUACGGGAAGUAUGGUACUUGGCGUUGA